ACUUCAAAGUACCUAGAUUCUUUUCAUUCGACGCAGCAAACUCCACACGAUGACACCCCUGAGCUUAGCAUUGUAUCUGACUUAUCUGUACUUUGGAGACUUGGCUCAGACGACUGAUCUGAAAUCGUCCAUAUAUGUGCGUCAAGAGAGCGGUGUUAUACCAGCUAAUGUGGGUGAUAAUGUGACACUGAGAUGUUUCUAUGAAGCUCAUGCAGUAAUGUUUUUCUGGUACAAACAAAGUCUGGGAGAGAAACCAAAGCCCAUGACUGUCUUCUAUCGACAUCAGACAAGUGGAAACUUCCUUAAUGAAUUCAAGAACAAUGAUCGUCUCAGAUUGGUCACAGGAGCUGGUGAAAAUCACUUGACAAUCAGGAAUUUAGUAAUUUCUGACUCCGCUACCUACUACUGUACAGGGAGCUUUGAAAACGAUUUUGAAUUUGUAGAGGGCACUACUGUUAGUGUAAAGGGUUCAGAUUUGAGGAUCCCAGCGAUAGUCCAUCAGUCAGAAUCUGAGAACAUUCAGCCAGGAGGCUCUGGGGCUCUGAGCUGUUCAAUCAACACUGGGACCUGUGAUGGAGAACACAGUGUGUACUGGUUCAAAACCUCUGAAGGAUCUCAUCCAGGACUCUUUUACACACAUGGAGGCAGGAAUGAUCAGAGGGAAUCUAACACACAACUACACAGCUGCUUCUACAACUUCCCAGUGGAAAAACAGAAUUUUUCUCAUGAUGGGACUUACUGCGCUGUUGCCACAUGUGGACACAUUCUGUUUGGAAAUAAGACACAAUUGGACUCUGCAAAUGGAAUUGUCCUGGAGUAUUUCUUAAUUGGAGCUUUGGCAUUCAGCAUGACACUGGUCAUCAUACUGGGGUAUGCAACUUAUACAACAUACAGAAGUAACCGCAGCCAUUGCACAGACUCGAGGACUUCAAAUGGCUUGACUUCAAAUGCAGUGGAUUUCCAAGACACAGACGGCAUCCAUUACUCUGUUCUGAGGGUACAAAAGGUCAACAACAGACCAACAAGACAUGAGUGUGACACCCUAAGCGAAUGUGUGUACUCCAGUGUGAGGCAGUAGAGCUGCACAUUAUGACUUUGUAAACUGUAAAUAUGUAAGAACAUGUUUAAAUUAAUGUGUUUAUCAAGAUAUAUAAUGUACAUUUUUCUGUCAGGUGUUGCCUUGAUUCACUGAAUAUAAAGUUCUGCCUUUCAAUAAACUUGUAUAAAAGAG